AUGUCUACCAUCCCUGCUCCCACAAUUGUCCUCCCCAAGGAGGAGUGGCCCGACGCCGACUUCGACAUUCCCGAUGGAGAACCAAUCCACGCUUCCGACGCUGAUUCAGACAAGGAGGAGGAGGAUUGGGACAUGGAGAUGAAUAUCGGAAAGACGGGUGGGGCAAAGGCCCAGCAAGUCCUCCUCGGCAUUGCCGCAAGGUCAGGACCGUCCAAGAAUUCUUCCCAGAUGUUCUCUAUCCGCCCCCCUCCUCCUUCAUCCACCGACGAGGAUGAUGACGACGAAGGUGUGUCGACCAUCAAAGUUGCCGCCCUUCCAAAAGCACCCGUCACUGCCUCCGCCAAACCUCCAAGUCCCAUCGACGAGGAUUUCGAGGAUGGCUUCGCUCUGCCGUCGGAUCUCACAACCCUCUCUCUUCGCCCCCUCUCCCUCAACCACCGAACAUCCAAGUCCUCCCUUGAAUGGGGUGACAAGGACCAGACCUCCUCAUCACAAUCUUCCGACGCAUACUCCACCUUCGGGUUCGCCGACAACUCCCCGUCCUCCAAUUACACAUCGGCGUCGUUACCGGAGACGGAGACGGAGGAAGAUGAAGAAGAUGAGGAUAUUCUGGAGGGCCUGGAUGUCCCCACUGGUCUUUUCGAGACCGGUCAUGGUGCGAAGAAGCUUGGCAAGAUCCUCGAAAUCAAGAAACAAACCACUUUCAAUGACGACCGCGUCAAAGUCGUUAGUCCCGAUCCUGAAGACGACUUCGAGAUCGGCCUUGUGAUAGACAACGACGUUGAGCUCAGUCCUAGCCGACUGCUUCUAAAUGCUCAGUCUGUCAUGCGAUCCACGACUUCUUCGCGCAGCAAGAGUGCCCCCGCUCGUCCUCCUCCCUCCCUGCGACCUUCCUCGCGUCUUCUCAAGAUGGAUCGUGCCAAGUCCCCCAAUAACCCUCCCGUCUCCUCCAUGUCACAGCUCCGUCGAAUCACUGCCCCUCCCGCCUCUCCUCCCAGCAGGGUUAUUCCGCCUGUCCGUUCACAGACUUACAGCCAAGCUGUCGCGUCACCAUCCACAAUGAACUUCUUGGCUGCUAAACCAGGAAGCCUUCGGGUCCAGAAAUCGACCUCCGGACUGAAGCCCGCGUCUCCUCCGCAAUCCCGUCGACCCACUCGCAAGGCUUCUUUGCCAUCAAUGAAAGAGUCAAACCAACCUCAAGCGUCAGGCUCGGGGUCGGGCUCUUCGUCGCAAGGCUCACCCGGUUCUCGAUUCGACACCCCAACGGCGUCGUCGAGGGCGAAGUCGCAAACAGCUACUACGGGUCGUCUACACGGCCUGGAGUACACUGUCCCGCCGACCCGACCCUCGACACCGUCGUCCAAUCCCGCGGCGCUCAGGCUCACGAUGCCUACAACAUCGUCACGCAUGAAGUCUCGCACACCUAUCGCCAAUGUUUUCCCUGGGCCCGCCACUGCUCCGCUGGCCCGGUCUUCCUCCCCACUACCUCCCCGUCCUCCCUCACGCCCCCCUUCCGCCGCCUCCUCUGCCACGUCCAUUCGUUCGAGGCAUGGGCAGAGCGCCAGUCUCCCAAAUGCGCCGAAGCUUCUCAAGAAGCCCAAACGGCCAAGAACAUACGGCGAUGGCACAGAGCUCGACACCUUCGACGACCUGCCCACAGAUCGUGAGAAGGAGGGCAAGUUCCGGGUACAGCCCAAGGGCUAUGGGAACCGCGUUCCCGGUGCCUCCUAUCAGAAACCAUCCGACGUGUCUGCCACGGGCACCAUUCGCCGGAAAGCGAAGCGUGAUUUUUCAGGGAGCGCGCCCGUGCCUUCGAAGACACUGAAGCGCACAAGCCGUGUCGAGCUGUCCAACCGCAUCGAGUUCCCUACCAAGACCUCUCCAGACUCAAAACACUCAAAGGAUGAGAGACCACUUGCCUCUCCUGCUACCAGGAGGAAACCUACUCUUAUUCGCAAUCUCGGUGGCGCAGGCCCCGCCAAAGUUGUUGGUGAAAUGAAGUGGAAUCCUCACAAUUUGCGCUGGGAGGGCAACGAUCAAGCCCUUCGCGACUUCGAUGCGGCGGUCGGCACCUCCACCAGGCCCGCUCUCAUCACUCAUCUCACUGGCUCGUCCAUUGGAUCCCCAGUCGGCUCCUUCGCGUCAGGGGCUCGAGUGGUUGGCACAAUGGUCUUCGACCCCCAGCGAAUGUGCUGGAUCUCCACAUUGCCACCCGACGAGGAGGAGCCCGACGUUUUCGCCGACCUUGCAGACGACGAAGAUGACGAUGACUGGGAGGCUCGUGGUGCCACUAUUCGCGCCAGUCAACAGCUCCAGAUCACCUCAACCGUAUCCAAUCAGUCGACGGAAUCGAUAGCAUCGAGACCGGAGGCUCCCAGUCCUGCUCGCAGCCAUACUCGCAGCAUGUCGGAGAGCGAGAGCGAUCGUUGUUCACGAGCGUCGAUGGUCUGCGAUGUCGAUGAUUCCUUCGUGGAGAAAUGCCGCGCCGCAGAAGAGCGUCAUCACACUGAGCUCAAGAACUGGCUCAACGUCGGCAACGACGUGUUCGCGGAGCUCGACCGGUCAUAUCUCUACGAGAUUCGCGCACUGGCCACCCGUCAAUACUAG